CUUCCAUGCUGCUGUCCUUCAUGUGAGCGGGUGGGGGUAGGAGAUCAGUAGCUUGUGUGAGGUUAUGCAGAGGGGCAGCAGUUCCGCUUGGCACUAUGGCACAGAUAUGGACGCUUCUCUCACUUCUCUAUAUUUCAGUCUGUAUAGAAGCCCACACUAUGAGUGAUGAAGAACGUCUACUUAAUCACCUAUUUGUAGAGAAAGGAUACAGAAAGGAUUUGCGACCAGUGGAAAAGAUAGAUGAUACAGUGGAUGUAUUUGUGGCUCUGACGCUCUCCAACCUCAUCUCACUUAAAGAAGCUGAGGAAACUCUCACAACUAAUGUAUGGGUAGAGCAAGGCUGGUUUGAUAUGAGACUAUCAUGGAACAUGUCGGAGUUCAGUAACAUUGAUAUCUUGCGGGUUCGCCCUGACAUGGUGUGGCAGCCACAGCUCAUCCUAGAAAACAACAAUGAUGGUAAAUUUGAGGUGGCAUACUACUGCAACAUUCUGAUAUCUAGCAAUGGCUAUAUCUACUGGCUACCUCCAGCUAUAUUCCAAACAUCUUGCUUGGUCAAUGUCAACUAUUUCCCAUUUGAUUGGCAGAACUGUUCUCUGAAAUUCAGUUCUCUUACAUAUAAUGCCAAAGAGAUCAACUUGCAGCUAAGAAUAGAUGAAGAUGAUGAAACCAAGAAACAUUACCCAGUAGAAUGGAUUAUAAUUGAUCCCGAGGGGUUCACAGAAAAUGGCGAGUGGGAGAUUGUCCAUAUUCCAGCAAAAAAGAACAUUGACAAGACUGUGUCUCCUGAGAGCACCAAGUACCAGGACAUCACAUUCUAUCUCAUCAUAGAACGCAAGCCUCUAUUCUACAUCAUUAACAUCCUCGCUCCUUGUGUCCUUAUUGCUUUGAUGGCCAACUUUGUCUUCUACCUGCCUGCUGACAGUGGAGAGAAGAUGACAUUUUCCAUUUCGGUCCUGCUGGCUCAGGCUGUAUUCUUACUGCUGAUAUCGCAACGUCUACCAGAGACCUCCUUGGCUAUCCCACUUAUCAGCAAGUUCCUGAUGUUUAUCAUGGUCUUGGUGACAAUCGUGGUUGUGAGCUGUGUCAUUGUGCUCAACUUACACUUCAGAACACCAAGCACACAUAUCUUGUCAGACAAGAUGAAAAACAUCUUUCUUAAUAAGUUGCCCCGUAUUCUGCACAUGUCUCGCCCAGCGGAACCUGAUCCUGAACCAUGGAAUGUGGUCUUACAGCGCCGCAGUAGUUCAGUGGGGUAUAUUGUGAAAGCAGAGGAAUAUUUCUGCGUCAAGUCGCGGAGUGAACUUAUGUUUGAGAAACAGUCAGAGCGACAUGGACUUACCAGCAGAACCACCCCUGCAAGAGAGAAUCCAGUAACUUCAGACAAUUCCCAGGACCAGUUUUAUGGAGAGAUUAAACCAGGCAUUGAAGGAGCCAACUUUAUUAUCAAACACAUGAGGGACAAAAAUGAUUAUAAUGAGGAGAAGGAUAACUGGUACCGCAUUGCCCGGACUUUUGACCGAUUGUGCCUUUUCCUUGUGACUCCUGUCAUGCUUCUUGGGACCUUGUGGAUAUUUUUAGGAGGAGCUUAUAAUGUACCGCCUCCUUUUCCAUUUGCAGGUGACACCUUUAAUUACAGGAUAGAAAACAGGAGACUGAUGUAACAUGAGGAAAGUGUCAUGGUGGGAGAUGUGAUUUGCUGACACAAUAAAGAGAAUAAAACAAAGUAUAUUAAUAUAAUUUACUUUCUCAUUUUUUUAGUGUUUUUAAUAACUUAAAAUUAACUUCAAUGGGUUUUGAAGAUUUUGAAAAAAAUUAUGUAAAAGUUUAUUUAUGGAAUAAAUUACAUAAAAAAACUAAAA